AUGCAGUACACCAAGCUUCUCGCCCUCGCAACCCUCCUCACCGGUACCCUCGCCAUCCCCCUCGAGAAGCUCACCCGCGCCUGCGCCUAUACCUGUGGCUCAAACUGCUACAGCAGCAGCGCUGUCAGCGCAGCCCAAAAAGCAGGCUACAAGCUCGAGUCCGCCGGCAACGAUGACGACUCCUACCCACACGAGUACCAUGACUAUGAGGGCUUCGAUUUCCCCGUCUCAGGCACAUACUACGAGUUUCCUAUUCUGAGCGGCGGCGAUGUCUACGAUGGUGGUUCCCCCGGUGCGGACCGUGUUAUCUUCAAUGGCUCCGGGGAGCUGGCGGGUGUGAUUACGCACACUGGUGCUUCUGGCGAUGACUUUGUGCAAUGUGAUUCGUAA